UAGCUAUGCCACACUGUCUCUGCGCGCGCGGAUAGCACUCCGAAGCAGACAGCCGCACCUAUAGGAGCGUUCGCUCGUGGUCCCCGAAGAUGGUGUAAACACAUGCGCUCUCACCCCUAAAGAGCUCCCGCGGAGUGCCACCAUGUUGACGAGAUUAUUCAGUGACCCAUCUCUGCUGCCCGAGGUACAGAAGUAUUCGGGUUGGAUGGAUGACAGUGAAAGCGAGGACUCAAAGACUAAGGACGAUGAUCAGGAACACUGUCGCCUGGCUGAUGACGACAUGGAGGACGGGGACCUAAGAGGGGGAAGCAGCCGGGCUCACUCCGAAAUAGCAGGCGAAGAUGAGGAGGAAGACGAGAUAGAUGAAGAUGACGGAGGCGACGAGGUCGAAGGGGAUAGGCCCAAAAAGCGUGGACCCAAGAAACGAAAGAUGACACAAGCGCGUAUGGAGCGGUCCAAGGUGCGCCGUCAGAAAGCAAAUGCGCGGGAAAGAACCCGUAUGCACGACCUAAACUCUGCACUUGAUAAUCUCCGUAAAGUGGUGCCCUGUUAUUCAAAAACGCAAAAACUCUCAAAAAUAGAAACUUUGAGGCUUGCCAAGAACUAUAUCUGGGCUUUGUCCGAGAUCCUCCGCAACGGGAAAAGACCGGACGUGGUGUCUUACGUGCAAACUCUGUGCAAAGGCCUUUCUCAGCCCACUACCAACCUCGUGGCCGGCUGUCUGCAGCUUAACUCUCGGAACUUCUUAACAGAGCAGUGCCAGGAAGGAGGUCGUUUCAACGGGCCCAACCCCUCCUUCUCCAUGCACCCAUACCCAUACCAGUGCUCCCGCUUAUCUAGUUCCCAAUGCCAGUCCGGUUCAAACUCACACUCCAUAAGGAACCACGCGUACUGCUCAGCCUAUGACUCCGUCUACACUGGAGGCGGCUCGCCGGAGUACAACAGCCCAGAGUAUGAAGGACCGCUCAGCCCGCCCGUAUGUAUCAAUGGGAAUUUUUCUCUCAAACAACAAGAAUCCGUCUCGCCAGUCGCUGAAAAGAGCUACCAUUAUUCUAUGCACUACCCCGCCCUGCCCAGCUCCCGUUCUGCCGGCGCCCACAAUCUUGUGUUCGGCUCGUCAGGAGUACGCGGCGGUGUCCACUCUGAAAACGUACUGCCUUACCACGACAUGCACUUGCAUCAUGAAAGGGCGCCCGUGUAUGAGGAGCUUAACGCUUUUUUCCACAACUGAGUAGCUGACCCCAUGUCCCGUAUCACUCUUCUUCUCAACAACUAACCCCUGACAUUUAUCUGAAGUAAGAGUACUGAAAUGUUCGGCCCACUGUAACUUUAUACACUGGACACUGGAACUGUAGGGUGGGGAAUGAAUAAGGGAUGGAAGACAGAGAUAACUCACGGUUUUUCCUUUAUUUUGUUUUUAAUAGUGCCAAUCCCGAGUUGUCACGUUGGAAAGCAUAUACAUGUGUUAAAACUAUUCUGGUGGCUCAAAUGUUUCCCAGUGUACAGAUUGAUAGUGUAAUGGUCAUAAUAUAUAUAUAUAUACAAUACAAUUAUCACUGUCACAAGAACACGGUAAUAGGCUAUAGAAGAGCAGAUAUUGUAUUGAUACUAUGUUGUUGAUCUGAAAAUGUUGUUAAUUGGAAACCGUUAUCAUAUAAAAAGUAGCUGACACGUAUUGUGAGAUGAUGUCAGCAUGGGGAGAUAUGACAGCAUCACCGGGAAUUGUAAAAUCGCCUUGACAACAAUUAAAGCAAUAAAGGAAAAACAAACUAGAUAAAUCUAUGCAAGAGCGUAUGUAAGGAGGAAACACUCAGAAAACAACAUAAAGACCACGUUUUUAAAUCUUUCCACCCCACCUCCAACACACACUCCCACGUCACACACGCGUGCGCACGCUCGCUCACUUUGCCAGCAAAGCUCGACUAAGUUGCACAAAUCAAAACACAUAAUUCUGACCAGUUGUAUGGUAAUUACUGCCGUCGUGUCAUGCAGGCGCCAGAUUCAUUUUGUUUUAGUUAGUUGCAUCUCUCAAAUUAGGCUAUACUUAGGCUAUUAUUUCCCCCCAUUUUUACAUGUGAAUUUUCUCGUACAUUUGGCGCAAGGAGGAAAAUGCAGAUGUGAAACUAUUCAGCCAUUUUUUUCAACUACCGUUCAUUUUUUUCACGCUAAAUAUUGAACUACAUACAAUGCUAUUUCAUUUUAAUUUACCGCUGUUUAAUUGUGUGGCUUUAGUGUGGCUUUUGUUCCAGUAUCAGGAAACAUGUUUUUAAAGUUAUUCGAGUUUUAUAGCAUUUCUUUUGCUUCAUAAAGUUACUAAAUUGUCUACGAUCACUUACAGAACCGUAGAUACAGUUGAACAAACUCACACCAUAUGAUAAAACAUGCUGGACAGAAUUGUGCAGAAGGACUUUGAGAAGGUUUA